AUGGCUAGUCCGCCAGUUCUAGCUUUCGAUGCCGAGGGCCGUCCAGUGAAGUUCGAAACCUGGCUAGAUGACCUGCACCUGUUCCUACAGCUCACUGCCAAGGAAGAUAUCUCACUGUACGACCACGCCCUAGGCCAUGCUACUGCCCCUGACUCGUCUGCUGACAGCACUCUGCGUUCUCAGUGGCAGACCCGUGAUGCGCACGCUCGCUUUGCUAUUUGCAACUCCCUGCCGCUAGACGAGCGCGAGCACUUCGGCCAGUGCAAGACUGCUAAGGACCUCUACACCGCUGUAGUUGCCCGCUACUCCUCGCCCGCUUCUGCCACGCUAGGCCGCCUCACUCUCCCCUACCUGUUCCCUGACCUAGCCUCCUUUCACACUGUCGCAGACCUCAUCACCCACCUUAAGACUAGUGAGGCCCGCUUUCGCGCUGCUAUGCCUGCCGAGUUUCUCACUAGCAACCCCCCCCCGCUCUGGAUCACUCUCUACCACAUCGUCACCCGCCUCCCUGACUCUCUGCGCGCAGUCAGGGACCACUUCCUCUCUCGCUCCCCCACUGAGCUCACUGUUGCCCUCCUCGAGAAGGAACUGCUUGCAGCUGAGGCGAGCAUCGUCGCUGUAGGCACCUCUCGUGGCGACCCCCGCACCCCGUUCUUUGAGGGGUGUUCCCCUUCCCCCCUCCUCCCCUCUGUCGCCUCUGCUGCUGCUGUCGACCUUCUUGGUGCUGAGAAGGUCGGGACCGCGUCUGCUUCGAGCGGGCGCCGCAGGAACAAGGGGGGCAGGGGUGGGGGUGGCGGCGGAGGAGGUGGGGGUGGAGGCGGUGGGAGUGGAGGUGCGGCUGGGGAGACUAGUGGCGGUAGUGGGGGAGGAGACAGCGGCGGUGGGAGUGGUGGUGGAGGCGGCAGCGGAGGCGGAGGUGGUCGUGGCGGCGGCAGGGGUGGAGGUGGCCGGGGCGGCGGCGGUGGGGGUGGUGGUCGUGGAGGCACUGGCGGAGGGCAGAGUCAGCAGCCCGCCCCGACGCUUCAGGCCGCCCGUGAGUGGUAUGCGCAGCGUAGCGUUACCUGCACGUACGUCAUUCGCACAGGUGACCGCAGCGGCCAGCAGUGUGGGAGGCCGCACCCCACGCAGCGCUGCUUCGCGCGCCUUAACGACGCGUGGCGCACUCAGUUUCCUGCUGCCACUGAGCUGCCGCGCUGGGCUGAUCUGGAAAAGAGGGGUGUUGAUAUUUGGGCUUUAGACUUUGAUGCUAUUCUCACUGCCAUGUAUGCGAUGUCUAUUAGUGGAGAGGGUGCUCAGUACUUGCGUGUUCCGCCCGACCCGGGCAUUCAGGCCAGUCCGGCUGCCGCUCUAGGUGCUAGUGCGUCUGCUCCCACAGGUCCUGGUGAGGCUGCAGCCCUAGGUGCUCGUGCGUCCGUGCCCCCUGGUACUGAGUCGACUGCAGCACUGCACACCUUCACACUGGACUCAGGUGCUUCUCGCUCCUUCUUUCGUGACCGCACUGUCCUUGAGCCACUCGCUCGGCCAGUUGCUGUCUCCCUUGCUGACCCCUCUGGGGGUCCGGUCAUUGCGACCUCCUCCACUGUCCUUCCUUGUCCGGCGGUCCCGUCCGGCACGCUGUCAGGUCUCUACCUCCCCUCGUUCUCUACGAACUUGGUGGCGGGUAGUGCGCUCCAGGACAGGGGUGUUCACCAGUUCACCCCUGCCUACGAGCGCGUGACACACUGCACGUGUGCUCGGACGGGUCGCCACCUGGCUACCUUCACUCGGGAGCCGGGGUCGGACCUUUACACACUGACCACUGAGUCCCCUCAGGUAGCUGCGUCCGCGUCUGCGUCUGCGUCAGGUCAGUUGUCCGCCCCCUGCUCGUGUCGCUCUCUGGCGCAUGAGACUGUCCUUUGGCACCACCGCCUUGGUCACCCGUCUGUGCAGCGCCUUCGGGCCAUGCACAAACGGGACCUUGUUGCUGGUCUUCCCAGGGUGCUCCCUCCCCUUCCCGACUCGCCUGCUCCUCCCUGUAUUCCCUGUGUUGAGGGACGGCAGCGCGCCGCUCCUCACUCCUCCUCCUUUCCCCCGACGACUGCUCCCUUGCAGACGCUCCACAUGGACGUGUGGGGCCCAGCCCGCGUCCGUGGUCAGGGUCAGGAGAGAUCUCGUCUCCAGCUCCGUGAGCGUUUCCGCUCUGACUUCCCUGUCCUGCGUCUGCACUCUGACAGAGGUGGGGAGUUUUCCUCUGGCCUAUUGGAGGCCUUCUGUCAGCAGGAGGGCAUUGAGCAGUCGUACACGCUUCCGGCCUCUCCACAGCAGAAUGGGGUUGCUGAGCGCCGCAUUGUCCGAUACGCUGCGCAUCAGCUCAACCUCUGGCCCCGUGUCUCCUUGCCCGAGACUUCUCCGACACUGCGUUGGACGGGAGAGGCUGGCGAUGCGUCGCGUUUUCGGGUCUGGGGAUCCCGAGCUUUUGUCCGCGACACGUCCGCGGACAAGCUCUCCCGUCGCGCUGUCCCCUGCGUCUUCCUUGGCUUUGUCCCGGACGCCCCUGGCUGGCAGUUCUACCACCCCACCUCGCGUCGUGUCCUGGCCUCUCAGGACGUCACUUUUGACGAGUCCGUCCCCUACUACCGCCUCUUCCCCUACCGCACUGCCCCGCUCCCCCCCCCGCCUCUCUUCCUCGCUCCAGGUGCUGAGGUACCAGACCCCCUCCCCCCUCAGGGUGCCGCUCCCUCAGGUGUGUCCCAGGUAGACCCGGGUGAGCCUGUCGAGGUAGCUGUUGACUCUCGUCCUGCUAGGGGUGCUGAGCCUGGGGGUGCUGCGUCUGGGGGUGCUGAGCCUGGGGGUGCUGCGUCUGGGGGUGCUGAGCCUGGGAGUGCUGAGUCUGGGGGUGCGGAGCCUGGGGGUGCUGAGCCAGGAGGUGCGGAGCCUGGAGGUGCGGAGCCUGGAGGUGCUGAGUCUGGGGGUGCUGAGUCUGGGGGUGCUGAGCCUGAGCGUGCUACACCUGGAGGAGCCCUCUCCUCCCAGCAGCUGCAGGAGAGGUACCUCGAGUACUGCCGCCUCCGGAGAGGUACUGCUGGAGCUCGUCCCGGUACUUCCCCUCCUACCCAGGAGCUCCCCCCCAUUCAGCAGAUCCGCGAGUGGUACACACGGCGCUGCAGUCUUCGGAGUGGUGCUCCUGGUGCUGCGGACCCUGGGGGUGGCGCUGCUGCUGGUGCUGAGGACCCGGACGUGGGAGCUGCUGCUGGUGCUGCGGACCCGCCUGGUGGAGCUGCUGCUGGUGCUGAGGACUCGGACGUUGGAGCUGCUGCUGGUGCUGAGGAUCCGGACGGUGGCGCUGCUGCUGGUGCUGAGGACCCGGACGGUGGAGCUGCUGCUGGUGCUGAGGACUCGGACGGUGGAGCUGCUGCUGGAGCUGAGGACCCGAGCGGUGGCACUGCUGCUGCUGCUGAGGACCCGGGCGUUGGAGCUACUACUGGUGCUGAGGACCCGGCCGGUGGAGCUGCUACUGGUGCUGUGGACCCGGACGCUGGAGCUCCUACUGGUACUGAGGACCCGGCCGCUGGAGUCUCCUCUGCUUCCGGAGACGCUGCGCGGCCGCGACCGUACUUCGUACCGCUCCUUCAGCAGGUUCUUGGGCAGGCUCCUCCUCCUUGUCCUCCUCCCUCCGUAGAGUGUCCUCCGCCUGUCCGGCCGCAGUCACAGUUACCACCUACCUCGCCUCUCCCUGCUCCCUCUCCUUACACUGGUCCCACAGGAGGUCUUACAGAGCGUCGUGAGCCUGAGUCUCGUCCUGCGUCGCCUGUUCGUCCUGCUCGCACUGGUAGUCGUGUCCGUCGUGAGCGUCCUCCUCCUGUCCCAGGCACUCACUACAUGACUCUGCGUCCCUCUACUGCUCCUCAGCGUGUCCCUCUACCGUCUCCUCCUGCGUCCUCUUUGCCUGACGUUCCGGACCCUGAGUCUGACCGGUAUCGUGCUGAGCACCCUACUGUCACGCGUCUCCUUGCUACUGUUGUCACUGACCCUACCUUUGAGUCCUCGGCUGCGUCUGCUCUGGUCGCUGAGUUGGUUGACUUUGCUGCUGCCUGUCAUCUAGACUACGCUGCUAGCCUUGUUGCUGAGUCUGAGUCUGUCUGUCCUCCGUCCGUCGGGGGUGAGUGUGCUCUUGGCACGGACGUCCUUGAGGACAGACAGGAGGAGUUCCAGUGUCUUGCUGCUGCUUUGCCCCGUCUCGUGUCCUUGCUAGUUGCCCCUGAGGGAGACCCGGAUGCACCAGACAUCCCGACCCCGCGCACUUACGCUGAGGCGAUGGCGGGUCCCUACUCCUCUCAGUGGCAGACAGCCAUGGACGCCGAGAUGGCUUCCUGGAAGUCCACACGCACCUACGUAGACGAGGUUCCCCCUCCUGGGGCGAACAUCGUCAGUGGCAUGUGGAUUUUCAGGGUGAAGCGGCCGCCGGGUUCUCCUCCUGUCUUCAAGGCGUGCUACGUGGCUCGAGGCUUCAGUCAGCGAGAGGGAGUUGACUUCUUCCAGACCUUCUCCCCCACCCCGAAGAUGACCACUCUUCGGGUGCUGCUGCACAUAGCCGCUCACCGCGACUACGAGCUUCACUCACUUGACUUCAGCACUGCUUUCUUGCAGGGCAGCCUGCACGAGGAGAUCUGGCUGCGCCGCCCACCUGGCUUCACUGGGUCGUUUCCUCCUGGUACCCAGUGGAGGCUUCAGCGGCCGGUCUACGGUCUCCGCCAGGCUCCGCGUGAGUGGCACGACACACUGAGGACUACACUUGCGGCUCUUGGGUUCGCGCCUUCUACAGCUGACCCGUCGCUGUUCCUGCGCACCGACACUUCGCUGCCGCCGUUCUACAUCCUCGUGUACGUCGACGACUUGGUCUUUGCCACUGCUGACACUGCAGGACUCGCCUACGUGAAGUCGGAGCUGCAGAGGAGACACACGUGCACAGACCUGGGUGAGCUGACAAGCUAUCUUGGCUUGCGGAUCACCCGGGACAGAGCACGGCGCACCAUCACCCUGACUCAGUCACACAUGGUGCACCAGGUCCUUCAGCGCUUCCGCUUCACGUACUCCUCGCCUCAGUCCACUCCUCUGCCUACCGGUCACUCGCUCUCAGCUCUGCCUUCGGAUGAGUCCGUAGAGCCGAGUGGCCCGUAUCCAGAGCUUGUGGGCUGCCUCAUGUACCUGAUGACCUGCACUCGACCUGACCUUGCAUACCCUCUUAGCAUCCUUGCACGCUAUGUCGCUCCUGGCCGUCACAGGAAGGAGCACAUGGAUGCCGCUAAGAGGGUGUUGCGCUACUUGUGCAGUACGUCGGGCAUGGGGCUUGUGCUUGGAGGGCGAGACCGAGUUGUGCUCACAGGGCACUCAGACGCUUCUUGGGCAGACGACCAGGCCACUCAGCGGUCGUCUCAGGGUUACACCUUCAGCCUUGGCUCUGGCUCAGUUUCUUGGCGCUCUACACGCUCUUCUUCUGUUCUCGGCUCCAGUUGCGAGGCUGAGAUCUACGCUACAGCCAUGGCUGCCCAGGAGCUACGCUGGCUGACCUACCUGCUGACCGACCUCGGAGAGCGGCCUCGUUCUCCUCCAGUACUGUACGUCGACAACAAGGCUGCCAUUGCCUUGUGUGAGGAGCACAGACUGGAGCACAGAACGAAGCACAUCGCCUUGCGGUACUUCCUUGCUCGUGAGCUGCAGCAGCGCGGUCAGCUUUGUAUUCGCUACGUGGCCACUGAGGCCAACACUGCUGAUGUGUUCACCAAGGCGCUUCAGCCUCGUGACCAUCAGCGCUUCUGCACUCUACUAGGCCUUGUGCCUACUGGACCUCACUUACUUACCUCUUGA